UGGUGCAGUCGUGGUCCGUACGUCAGCUCGCGAUGUGCGAGUCUCAAUCUCCAGUUGAGAUAUCAACCGAUCUAAUAGAUUAUUAAUGGUGUUUAAUUAAGGAAAUUUGCGUGGUACUCGAGAAAUAUUACCAUCAAAGCAAAAGAAAGAUCCGAGAAGGUUCACUACAUCUUCUACAAAUAUUUGAAAAGGUUAACAUCUUCUACCUAAAUUAUUAAGUUUUCAAGCUGAAUCGAGAAUGAUGACCAAUAUAUCACAGUGUGUGAUGGUGGAUUCCAUUCCAGAGCCAAAAAAUGUUAUGGCAAUUUCUCUAAAGGGCGAAAAAACUUGAAGUGCUAUAGUCAUUUCAACUUUCACUCUCGUUUUUAUUUUCAGACGAAACGACGAAGUUCAAUGGAAUUUUUUUACUACGUCAUUGUGUACAUGAUUUUAUAUGCAUACAUAGCACUUUUUUUAGUUCUUUGUUUUAGUGAAGAUUCUGUACGGUACACCUUGUUCGAGGAGCCUAUCAGACAAGCGUUGUUCGAAGGUUUUAUUUCAUCAUAAAUUUAUUUACUAGGUUAUUUAUGAAUCUGCUCAUGCAUUACCUUCACGCCUGCUGAUCUUCACAAGUAAGCCCAAGACUGACUGCAGUCUGCGUCGCAGAGGAGCGUUUCAGCGCUAAGACUUUUGAAUAGAGGAAAGACAAGUCAGGCUCGUCAAUUGAAGCUCAAGUCUCAAUCAUGCCUCCUACACUGAAAAGCAUCAACAAAAAACUGAAGGAAAAUUUAAUUUUGAACGCAGAAAGGGACAAUUUUGCAUCAAUUUUAGAAAACUCUUCAUUCACGGAUAUUUUCCGAUAUUUGUGGGCUUCUAAUCUCAAAGACCAAAUCGAGCUGCCUAACGUUGGAUUGUCGACCAACAAGAAAGAUGCUCGGCUAUCAGACGCGUUCAGGAACCAAGGCAAUAGGCUAUACCGGGAUCAAAAACUAGUGAAGGCUUUAGAGGCGUAUAAUUACGCAGUGAUCUCAGCCCCUCAUCCUGAAACAUAUCUACCAGAAACUUCACAGGAUUUUACUGAAAUUCCCUUCAUAAGCAAAUAUGGAAACGAUGAAUAUUCUCAUCUAUCAUUCGCGUAUGCCAACCGGUCAGCUCUUUUGUACGAAAUGAAAAAAUUCACCGAAGCACUAAAAGAUAUCAACGCUGCGCUAAUGUACGGAUACGGAAAACAACACAAAUUAUGUGAGAGGCGAAUAAAAUGUCUAAUUGGACUGGGAAAAUUCAACGAAGCUCACGCCAUUGCUAAUUUGCUUUAUGAAAAGAUAGACAAUUUUUCACUUGAUAGUAAAGAGGCUAAAGAUUUCAAAUCGGGUUUGCGGAAGCUCGUUGCCAAGUGCAAUACUCCAAAGAAGGUUGAUGACACUGAAGCGCACACCAAUGACAUUUCUACAACGACUGGUAAAGUUUGUACCGAUAUAACGAAUAAUCGACGUCCGCUGUGCAAUAUUGGAAUAAAAUCAAUAAUUGAGGAUCAAACAGAUGAUGCAUUAUCAGCGCUAAUGCCAAGCACCAGAGGCGACCGAGGCUCAGUGAACUCGUGCGUCAGCGUCCAGUUCUCGGCUGCAAAAGGGAGGCACCUCGUGGCUCGUAGGGACAUUCCUCCAGGUGAAGUUCUGAUGGUUGAAGCGAGUCACGUGUCCCUCGUUCGUCUGAACAGCAACCUGCGCUCGUACUGCAGCUACUGCCUGGUCAGCGCCCAUGUCCCCACGCCCUGUCCCACCUGCUCGCUCGCCGUGUACUGCAGCCUCGCCUGCCGCGACGCCGCAGCAGGAGCCAAGGGAGGUCAUCCUGCUGAGUGCUCCCUGCUGCCGAUGCUCGUGGCGCUGCAACCUGACCUCGAUGCUGGAUUAGCCUUCAGAACAUUUACCGCUCUGGGCUGGGAAAACUUCUCCAAAUAUGUCAAGGAAAUUAAAUUCAGCAAAAGUGGUCCAUUGGACUCUCCAGCCAACGCCAGCAAAGAUUCAAAAGAUAAUACGAACAAAGGAGUCCUCGGCCAAAAUGACACCGACUCGCUCGAAAAGCUUCUUGAUGUUGGAGAAAUGGACUGCAGAUUUUUGUUUUCACUUGAGGGAAAUCUCACAGCCCGCAGACGAGAAGAAAAGCUUGACGCCGCGGUAGCCGCGCUUAUUUUAUUGAAAAUUUUCCAAAACUGUUCUGAGUUUUGGAGGACGAAGGAAAACUACAUUGACCCUGUUUCGCUUGAAGUCGAGGAUUUAGUAACGUUAGGUUCACAUAUCAUGACAAUUUAUCUCAAAGUGCAAUGCAAUGCUCAUUGUAUUAAAGAACUUAAGAUGAAUAACGAAUCACAAGGAGAGCAGCAAUAUUUUGAUGUUGGUUACGGGCUAUACCAAAAAUUGAGUCUCCUCAACCACUCCUGCAAUGCAAACGCCCACCAGUCCAGCACUGGGAUACGUAAAAUCCUCUACUCCAUCAGCAGCAUAAAGAAAGGAGAAGAAAUCACCAUGAGCUAUGGAGAAAGAUUUGCAAGUCACACUAAGGAAAAUCGCAUCAAAAGCUUGGCAGAAACGUAUCAUUUUAAGUGCAGUUGUAUAGCGUGUGUUCAUAACUGGCCAUUAUUUAAAGACUUGGCGAUGAAGUUCAGCCUAAGAUGCUGCAAGUGUUCCGGUGCCGUCGAACCGGCUUCUGGUAGAUGUAGGAUGUGCAACUUGGGACAUAAAGUAAGUUCUGGUAACAAGAAGAAAAAUCAAGGAAAGAAAGGGAAGAAAAAUUCGCACAAGGAUCAGUCACUCAUCGCGUACGAUGCGACUUCUGCAAACGAGGAAAUCGCCCAUGCCUGGAAGCUCUAUAAUGAAGCUCACAAAAACAUAGCAAAUGGAUCGAGCUCUUUACAGGACAUUGAAAAAGUCAGAAAUCUUUUGUCAUCUCUGGACAAGUAUGCUCUCAUGCCGAACAAGCCUUAUAUUGAGGCGCAAGAAACGUGUAUGAAAUGGUUCGACACACGUUCGAAUGAAACAUACUGUUGGUGAAUUUCAUGUCAGCUUUCCAGGCAGUUUGAAUGUUUAGUCAAGUCCCCGGACUGGAUGGGUGGAUACGACAAGAACUUUUAAUACCUUGUCAAGCUAGUGAAUUUCCUGUUUAUAUGCCAGGUAUCAUAAAGUUAUGUGAGGUAGUUUCUCUUGUAUCAAUUUUUUCAGCUAAAAUUACCUUUUUAGCGCAUUUUC